AUGAUAAUUGGUUCUAAAUUGGCUUUUGAAGACAACCCACCUUUUGAUCACCCUUCAACCUAUAGAAGUCUUAUUGGCGCACUCCAAUACCUUACACUCACACGUCCGGACCUGUCCUUUGUGGUCAACAAACUUAGCCAAUUUCUUAAAGCUCCAAUAGUGAAUCAUUGGCAAGCCUGCAAGCAUGUUCUUCGGUAUGUUCAAGGGCCCCUUCAUCAUGGUUUAACUUUCACCAAGAGUGACACCUUACAGUUGGAAGGCUAUGCUGAUGUUGACUGGGCAAGCAACAUUUCUGAUCGCAAAUCCACCAGUGGAUAUUGCAUCUUUCUUGGUUCCAACUUGGUUCAGUGGAGUUCCAAAAAACAAGCAGUUGUGGUCUUGUCCUCUGCUAGAGCCGAGUAUAGAGCUCUUGCCCAAGCCUCUAUUGAAAUUGCUUGGCUUUAA